UCUUCAGGUAUGUGUGCAUGUGUAUAAAACUUUUCUCUACUUCUUUAUAGACUUGUUGCUUUUUAUAUUAGCUAGUAUAUAUAACAAGUUUUAAAUAAAGUUGUACCUAAUAAUUACUAUAUAAAUAAAGCUGAAGAAAAAGAAAAAACAACCCAGCUUGAUAUCAUAAACACAUAUCAAGAAGUAUCUGGUCAAAAGAUCAAUUUCAACAAAUUAAAGAUGAUGUUCAGUAGAUAGCGAGGAUAAAAAUUAAACAAUUGAUGGCCAAUUUUUGAUGGGGAGAUAGUGAGGAUAAAAAGAAAAUUCACUGGCAGAAUUGGGAAAAGCUAAGUAAACCUAAUUUGGAAGUAGGUAUGAACAUUAGAACUUUGAGGUGGAAACCCUUCCUAGUAUAAAACCCCAAUAUGAAUAUGAGAUGAGGCCCAAUUAAUAAUAUUUGGUUUUUUGGUUUAAGCAAAUUAUAAACAAAUGUUUAGUGAUAACCUUUUUUAAAGGGUGUUUAUAAUUACAAAUAUAGAGAAUAAAUAAUUAAAUAUUAUUUUAAGUGUUUUAAGUAUUUUAUUAUUAUAAUAUUUAAGGUACUAAAAGUAUGUGAAAAUUGUAAAAUAAAAUUUGAGAACCACUUUAUCUUAUAAGAAAAGGCAUUAAUAGAUUUUUAUUAAAAACUGUUGAUUUAUAUGUAUAAGACUUUUUAUAUUAGAUUUAAUAUUUUUUUGUCACAUAUUAGAUUUAAUAUAUGUAUAAUACUUUUUAUAUUAGAUUUAAUAUUUUUUAAAGACUUGAGAGAUCAAUAAAAUACUUUUUAAAUUAAGCAACAAAAAUGAAUAUCAAAGUUAAUAUAAAGGACCAAAAAAAUUAAACCUUUAUAUAAAGACAUUAAUAAAAAAAAAUACAAACUAUUAGAGAUUAAACUCUAAAUGAACAACUUACACCAUCUAUCUCAACUAGAAUAUACUGGUUGAAAUAUCUCCGCAACCUUAAAAAAAUUGAAAUUGUUAGAAAUUAAACUUUGAUCAAUAGUUUUACACCCAUCUAAUUCAAUUAACACGAAAUAAGUUAAAUAAAAUUUAAUAUAAAUAGAUUUUAGAAUUUUGAUAAAAAAUGAUAUGUUUUAUAGUCCCUAAAAUAUAGAAAACUUGUUUGUAAUAUUGGCCUUUAAAGUACUUAUUAGUAUAGUGUUAAAUUUGUAAAAGGGUCUUACGAGAGCGGGAGAUGUACCGCCCUUAGGAAGGGCCACAAUCAUGUGUCGCCCUUGGGGAGGUAUCGCCUUGCCCCAAUAUUUUCCUCUCGCCCGAUACUGGGAAACGUGGGAUAAGACGUUCCACGAGGGUCAACAACUGACCCACGUUUUCCUAGCCAAUAGGGAUUCAAUGUUCUACCAUACAUCAUAAUAUACCUACUAAGGCCUCUGCCUUUACAUGGGUAACAUGCACACCUGUACUUUUUGACCAGUGCAGUGGCGCCCACGAUGGGGCUCUAGAAAAACUAACCUGAGUCACGCCUCUCUCAUUCUCACCAUUCCACCACCCCUCCGAAGAUAGCUGACAAAACUCUAUGCUUUAAUAUAAACAUCAUAGCCAGAGGUUUGUUUAGUGGAGGUAGCUCUAGCUCCUCCUGAAACAAAAAUGAAAGGCGGAUGCUUGUUACAAGUGUAAUAUCUUCUGGUUUCCCCAUGAGAGCCCAUGGGGAAAUAGGAGUUAACAUCACCUUUUUCAACAAGGAAGACGUUGGAGUCAACCCUUAUGAUAAUGACCCUAUGGUCAUCAGUGUGCAAUAUGGCAACUAGGAUAUCAAGCGAGUCUUGAUUGAUCUUGGUAGCUCUACGGAUGCCUUGCUCUAUAACUCUUUCCAAAAACAACAACUCAAUCCCAAUAACAUCAAAGUGUUUAGUGGCUCAUUAAUAGGACAGUUAAGUGAGAUGGUACAAGUAAGGGUCCAUGUGACCCUAGAGACUACAUGUGAUCCUAGAAACUUCAUGUGCUAAGUGCGAGAACUUUAAGGAGAUUGACGUUAUAUACAUCAUUUUGGAUGCCAUGAAACCAUAUAACUUCAUCUUGGGAUGAACCGCCAUCAAUUCACUAGGGGAUCUUAUUUCCACUCUGUACUUAUUCCUAAAAUACCUGCUGCCUGAAAGAUGAAUUGGUACAAUUUAAGAAGACCAGCAGAUCACUCAACAAUGUUACUAGAGUACUAUGGCGACAAAGAGGUAAGAGCUCUCCCUUGUUUGCGCCCCAUUUUCUAAAGUUCCAAAUACAGACCUCGAUUGUUAGGAUCACAUGUUGGACGAAGAUUUUGGAAGGCUCACGCCCACAAAGCACUUAAAGGAGGUUCAGUUCUUCCCUUUGCUUCACCAAGUGACCAAGAUAGAUACUUCUCUUAUCGAGGAAGAAGAACACGAGCUAGUCACCAAGUCGUUAAAAACAUCAACUUGUUUUCCUGGGCCUUUGUGGACAUGCUUGGAAUAGACACUAGGGCGGUGAGCCACUGCCUAGCCAUCCACCCCUCUGUCAAACUAGUAGUCUAGAGGAUGCGAAAAAUUGGCGAGGAGAAGAGGGUCUCCAUUGACGAGGAAUUAGGAAAGCUAUUUAAUGUCGAGUUCAUUACAAAAAAAACCCAACCUAGCUAGCCAAAAUGGUUUUGGUAAUAAAAUCAAACAAAAAAUGGCACAUGUGUAUGGACUUCACUGACAUAAACACCGCAUGUCCAAAGGAACUGUAUCAACUACUAGGCAUUGAUCUCCUUAUCUACAGAUCCUCAUGAUACCGCAUGUUAAGAUUCAUGGAUGCAUACUCAUGGUAUAACUAGAUCUGGAUGGAUCCACCGCCUACACCUAACACAACCUUCAUCUUGACUCAUGGAAAAUAAUACUACAAUGUCAUGCCUUUUGGCCUCAAGAAUGCUAGCGCCACAUACCAGCGACUCGUGGAUGAUGCGUUUGUCUAUCAAAUAGGGCAUAACAUGAAGGGCUACAUAGACGAAGUGAUAUUGAAAACUAUUGAAAGGCUCAACCAUGCUGAAGACUCGGGGGAUGUCCUAUAGCUAGUCUGAAAAUAUGAUAUGCGCCCAAAUUCUGCCAAGUGCUCUUUUAGAGUUCAAGCUAGAAAAUUCUUGGGGUUCAAGCAAACGAAAAAGAGGCAUUGAGGCCAAUUUGAAUAAAUGUCAGAAAUUCAUGACCAUGAUAAGCCUUAUAAACGUCAAAGAAGUAUAACAGCUUACAGGUCACCUCACUGCCUUAUACCGCUUCCUCUUGUGCGUAAGCGACAAAGCCUUCCUUAUUUUUUCUGCCCUGAAGAAGAAAGAGAAGUUCGAAUGGACUGCUGAGUUUGAAGAGGCUUACUUAAAGGUGAAGGCUUUCCUCUCAUCACCUUACAUCCUCACUCGCUUGAGAUAAGAGUCACUACUGCGCCUCUAUCUCUUGGUUAUAGAUUAAGCGAUAAGCUGAGUCCUCGUCCAGGAGACUGACAAGGAAAAAAGGCCCGAGUAUUUCAUAAUAAAGAUCAUCAAAGGCACUAAAACACGUUAUUAGAAGAUUAAGAACCUGGCACUUGUUAUUGUCUUCACGUUGAGGAAGUUGAUACCUUAUUUUCAGAACCACAAGAUGUUUAUUAAAACCAACUAUCAUGUUCGAUAACUCUUGAAGAAUAUGAAAUCCAAUAUGUCCCGGGGGAAGCAUUUAAUCACAUGCUCUGGAAGAUUUUAUGGCCUAAUUAAACUCCCUUGUAGACGAGGAAAUGCCCUUAGAGUAAGCGCUAUCAAUUGAUUGCAUCUCGAUUAUGAAAGGGAGCGUCGCUAAGAUAGUCUUGGAGGGAGUUGGCGACAUACCCAUCGAGCAAGCGAUGAAGUUCAAGUUCAACGCUAACAACAAUCAGACACAGUAAGAGGCCCUUAUUAUUGGCAUGGUUCUCGCCUUUUAGGUGAGAGCUUCCAGACUGAAAGCCCAUAACAACUCCCAAUUAGUCUCUUACCAAGUCUCGGGAAAUAUCAGACAAAAGAGUCCCAUCUAAUAAAAUAUCUGUAAAAGGUAAGAAGUUUAUCCUCUCGUUUUACUUCCUUUGAAAUAAAACAUGUUCCCCGCAAACACAACUUCAGAGCAAACCUUAUGUUCAAGUUUGCCACCUCGAAGACAACAAGGUUUAACAUAACACUAACCCAAGAGACUAAUGCCUCCCUUAGCAUUAAGGCGAGUGAGGUAUACUCCCUAGAAGUUGUCCCUGAGUCUAGCCAGAUGUCGCCCAUAGCGUUCAUGUAGGCGGAUGAAUUUCCACUAGUUGAUGAGGAAGCAAGUAGAAUUCGAAAGCAAACUACUAAGUACACUUUUCUCUCAAGAAAACUUUAUAAAACAUGGAGAGUUUAUCCCAUGAUACGGUGCCUGGGCGACCAGGAAACCACCCUUGUACUCGCAAAAGUACAUAAAAGAGAUUACAUCAAUCACAUUGAUGGAAAAACCCUUACCGACAAGCUGCUAAGGAAGGGAUAUUAUUGUCCUACUUUAAUGACGGAUAUCGUUGCCUUCAUCAAGAAGUGAGACCAGUGUUAAAUUCUCUACCACCAAGGAAACUCCGUUUUCCAUGGUAUAUGAAGUGGACCCCAUGCUGCUUAUGGAUAUUGACACACCCUCGUAGCGAUGAUACCAAUUUUAUCAAGAGGUAUACAACGCCAGAUCGGAAUAUGUGGUGAACCCGAUCGAUGAAUUGAGAGAAGUCUCCCAUGUUCGAGAAUUCACAUCCAAGUACAGAGCCGCCAAAAGAUAUAACUCCAAGGCCAAUCUAAGGGAGAUGCAAGAUGGAGACUUGGACUUAAAGUAGGUGAUCCUGUCGGCAGAUCAAGGAAAACUAAAACCCAAUUAGGAAGGGCCAUAUCGCAUAUUCAAGAAGCUUCAUCACGAGGCAUACAAGAUGCAACUUUUAGAGGGGGCAAAUCCUAUCCAGAACCUAUAACACUCUCAAUCUAAAGUAUUAUUAUAGUUAGGCUGUUGUAGUUUCUUAGCAGACAUGAUUAGUUAUUUAUGAACAAUUUUCAUAAUAUUUAUGACUAAUAAGGAUAUCUUUCAAUGCUUUAUGUUGGACUUCAUGAUGAAGAUAUUUGUCGCCUUUUAAGGCAACGUUUUGUAAGUUGGACUUCAUGGAGAAGAUCCUUUCCGCCUCUUAAGGCAAUAAUUUGUAUGUUGGACUUCAUGAUGAAAAUCCUUUUUGCAUAUUAAGGUAAUAUUUUGUAUGUUGGACUCCAUAGUGGAGAUUCUUGUCGCCUCUCAAGGUAAUACAAAUAAGUUAUCUAGCUCAUCUCCUAAGGGACUUAGAGUUUCCUCGGGCGAGGCCAAGACAUAUAAAUCUCUCCCAAGAGGCACUACGAAGUCUUUCGUAAGAGACUUAAUCUUAAUUCUUGUAUAAAGGCUUGAUAGAAGUCUCACCUAAGAGGGUAAAUGACUCACCCGAAGGACUUAUUGUCUCAUCAGUCAAGCAUCACAUAACUUCAUAUGAGGGUCUAAGAUCCCCAAGAUAUCUUAAUCCUUUCUGAAGGGACUUAGAGUAUUCUCAAGUGGUACCUAGAAGUAUAAAUUAUGCCCCAAGGGCGUGUUUGAAGUCUUGCCUAAGAGACUUAGUCUUAAGUAUUUCUCGAGGGCUUAUUAGACGUCUAACCUUAGAGGUUCAAUUCCUUGGUUGAAGGACUUAUUGUCUCAUCAAUCGGGCUUCACAUAACUUCGUAUGAGGGACUAAGAUCCCUAGGCUAUAUAACUCCUCACCUGAGGGACUUAGAGUUUUCUCGGGUGGGACAAAGAUAUAGAGAUUUCGCCCAAGAGGUAUAGCUUAAAUGUUGCCUAAGAGGCUCAGUCUUAAGUCUUGUUUGAGGUUUUGAUAAAAGUCUCACCUAAGAGGAUCAAUGCCUCAUCUGAAGGACUUACUGUCUCAUCGGUCAAGCUUCACAUAACUUUGUAUGAGGGACUACGAUCCCCAGGCUAUCUAAAUCCUCGUUUGAGGGACUUAGAGUUUUCUCUGAUGAGACUAAGACAUAUAAAUCUCUCCUAAGAGGUGUGACCGAAUGUCAUACCCCAAAAUUUGCCCACUAUAUUUCAAGAUAGUUGGGCUCAGAUAGUCUCCACAGGCUCAUACAAUCUCUAACUGAAAGCAUGAUUCAUUCUCCUCCUAAGCAAUAAAGGCCAAAACUAGGGUUUGAACUUUCUCAAGGUUAAAUCAAAAUCUAAGAUCUCAAGUGGGCUCCAUGGCCUCUCAUAUGCCUCAAAGGACUCUCAUGCCAAAUUUCAAGCCUUUAUUCACAGGAUUGCUCACUCAAUUGCUCAAAUGAUCAACAAUCGAUUAGUUUAACCUAAAAGUCAACUAUGGUCAAAACACAGUCAAAACUCCUGAUUUUUGGGCAACAUCAACAUUUUCAUGUUAUAUUCAUCAUUUGAUCAAAAUUUGAUCAUGAUUCAUCAGGAAAAAGGUCCAAAAUCAUCAAAAGAGGAAGUUACUAAAUUAAGGUUUUAAGGUGAAAGUCAACUGAACUUUGACUGAUCAUAACUCUCGCAUAGUUCAUCAAAAAUUGCCCAACCAAAGCCUAUUCUCAAGUAAAUUUCAUUAUCUACAACUUUGAUGUUGGGUCCAAAGUCAAGAAAUGCACCAGUUGAAAGAUACAAGCUAAUACAUUAUAGGUCCUUUUGAAAGACAACAAAAAGACAUUUUUUCUCAAAGGAUGGUAAAUGAACAUGGUAAACUCAAUGAAGGUGAAACCAAAAGGAUCUUUCAGAAGACUCUUUGAGCUUUCUAAAAUGUACAAGAACACCUUCAUAUGAUAAAAAAUGAGGGAGAUAUGAUUGGUACAAGUUGGUCGAUUUUCAAGAAAAGUGUGAAAACCUAAGUGGCCAAAUUCAAAGUUUUGAGCAAUGGGCCAUAAUUUGUGAAUCACCCACAAAAUUCCAAGCUUAUUAAAGGCCCAUAUGUCAUUUGGAUAUUUAUUUUAUGAUUUUAUUUAUUUAUUUUUGGAUUUAUUCAUUUUAAAUUUACUAUAAAUCAAAUAAAAUCAAAAUAAAAUAAAAUCAAAUCACACAAAAACUUUCCAUUCAUGUAAAAGUGUCCAAGUACAUCCCAUGGCCUCAUUUACACGUGAAAAAAAGGGCAUCAAAAUAGGAUUCAAUUGGAAAAAGGAAGGUUUUCAUACAUAUUCAAAACAAAAUAUUUUUCAAUAAAAUCUCUUGAUCUUUCUCUAAUCUUUUGACCUAAUUUCGUCCCAUAUAUAAUCAUAAGAGUGCAGCCUCACAAAGGGAUGAAAAAACCCUAGCCACCACAAGCGCUUCAAACUAGCAAAAAUCUCAAAGAACUUAAAAAUUUCGUGCUCCUAGUUGAAGUCUUUUUCGAGAGCAAAUAACCAUCAGGAUCUCUUCAGCAGGUAAUAUAGAUUGUCAAUGGAUGAUUAAUGCAGCCCCAUGACGUGUGGAGCGUUGGUCUCAUAUUCAUGUUAUUUCCAUGCAUAUUUUAUUUUCGUUUACCAUGUUUUUGUGCAUAAUAAUUAAAUCUAAUGCUUUCUUUGAGUUUAUGGUGAUGUCUGGAUAAGCUUAGAACUAUUAAACCGAAGCUUAGAUGCACGAAUCAAAAUCCACCAUGCUUAGGGCAAAACGUGUGGAGCUCUCGUUUUUCAUGCUACAUGCCAUGUUAGCAAAAACUAAGUGCACCAAUGAACUCAGAGGACAUUUUUAUGUCGAUCUGGGUCCUUUUGUUAUUUUCCUAACAUUAUUUUAUUGAGCUUCAAAUUUUUGUAAAACAAGAAAGGAAAAUUCGCAGGUAAAAUCCUAGGUGAAAUGACAAGAGAAUCCGCAGGUAUCGAGGUAGGGGAAGAUGAAUAGUACCCCUGGAAGAUUGACCAACACGCGUGGCCAGUGAACACAUUAUGAUUGGCUGUUCAACGCUUAACAUAUGCAUAUGGGUUGGCGUGAGAAGGAAGUGGUAACCUUGGGAUGCUUGGUUCGAUUCCCAGCGAGCCCCUUUUGUUUUUUCCAGAUUUUCUUAGCUUUUUCUUCCCUUGUUUUGCUUUUCCUUUUAUUUUCCAAUUAUCAAAUAUUAGUUAAUUAACCAUCUAAUGCUCAACUAAUCCAAAAAUUAACAUAAAAAUUAUGAUUAACAAAUAACUAGUAGAAUUAGGUUUUUAAUAAAAUAUUUUUUUUCAUCACUCAUAAUUUAAUUUAAUUAGUCUCUUAAUUUUCUUUUUUUCUUCUCACCAUUAAAAUAAUUAGUAUUAUUUAGGUUUUUAAUAAUUUUAAAUAUAAGUUUUAUUUAGAAUUUAAUUAAUCUAAUAAAUAACUUAAUAAUUAGUUUCAAAUUUAGGAUUUUUAGUGAGUAAUUUUAAUUUAAUUUACUAACAAAACCCCUUUUUAUUUUCCUCCGAUUUCUUCUCUCAUCUCGAAAUCCCUUGUAUGGCGCGUGUUUUGUUUAUUUUAUUAUUUAGCCAUUAGAAUGUAUAUAGGUCAAAAUGUAAAUAUGAUAGUAAAUCUCUUUACUUUCCCGCACCUUUAAUUUUCGUUUUUUAUUAUAUUGUGCUAGAUGUAUGCUUAAAUCAGGGUGUGUAUGGUAAGACUGAAUCAAACGUUAGCUAACUAAAAAUACAAGAUAAAUCUUAAUUGAAUACAACACACUUUGCACGCACUCACCCUUAGGGUACGCCCCUCUCGGUUGCCUCUUAGAAAUAAGGUUGUGUCUCUCGAAUGUAGAGGUACCUAUUAGCAAAAAUCCCUCGAUUAAAAAUCAUCGCAAAGAUCAUAAGUCCCUCGAUGACCCACGAUGUUGCCUACGAUGAUAUGAUCUAGUCCCUCAAAUGGUUGUCUAACGAAAGAUGAUUGUCCCUCCGAUAUUGCUAAAAGGUACCUCUACUUGUUGCCUUCAAACGACCUCGAUGACCCUUCGAUGACCCGCACGUCCAAUAUAACAAGGGUUUCCUACUUCUAUAUAGUAUGGAUAAUCCUGGGAAUCGUAAAAAGUAUAGAAAAGGACCAAGUAAUUAGGGUAGUUCUCUUAACCUGCCUAGCUCAAUAAAAAAAAUAUCUUUUCAAAAACUCUUUCAAAGACGAAGGCUACGCAUUUACGCUAAAGUCCUUACGUCCCUUAUGCUUCUUUUCAAAACAAACAAAAUAUGAGCUAAGCAAGUUAAGAGCCCGUAGAUAACUACGGAUGAAAAGGGUGCUUACACCUUCCCUUUUCAUAACUUACCCCCCGAGCCCGUUUCUUUUAAAAAGGGUCUUUUUCUGUACUUUUUACCCUUCCUAACAUUGGACAAAAUAAAAGUCGGUGGCGACUCAUGCUCACCGCAACAUUGUUGCAUAUAAAAACAAAAGUCAGUUCACCGAGUUACAGAAUUGGCGACUCUGCUGGGGAGUCUUUAAGAGGGGUUUACCUUAGGGCUUAGUUCAUCAUAAAUGUUUUUAAUUGUUUGUUUGUGUGCUUUAUUUUUAAGGGUUUGUUUGGGAUUGUUUCUGAGUGAAAGAUUCUAACCCGAAUCUCGAGAUACCUUAGGUAUGUGGCAAUAGACCAAGGAGACUGUACGACAUGUAUCGUUAUGGUUGACCUGGUGGCUUCCAUUAGUGCGACGCUUUGGUUUGUCCUGAUGGCCCUUGAAUAUGAUCGAGGAGACAUUUGGCUACCGCGUGGUGUCACAAGCACUAAUUCGCCCUUAGAACCUUAGUUGAACUUGACUUUGGCCUAUAGGAAGUAGCGAGAUAGCGGGCUUUGGAUUCCAGACUGAAGCCGGUUGAUACUCGAUGCUACACUCAUUGAGAUUGGACUCUAGGGAUGCUUUUGGCUGGCCGAUCGAGUGCCAUGUUGAGACAAUGCCCGCGAGAAAGAUCAGGGAUAUGAGCACCAUAGAACCCGGUUACUAUUCUAGGACAGGUUGAACCAACUUAACUUCAGUGGGGAGGGUACUUACCUACGAACUUCGAGCAAUCCUUUAAACCUAAGGACAUUUGUGUGACUUGUUUGUGUGUGCUACUAACCCUUCGAUUUCCAUGCAGGUUUUUGUAGUAAGACUUGCUCGUCCUUAUUAUCUUACGUUUUUCCUGAUACACUGCAUUCGCAUAACAUCAUGACAUCAUGAGCAUAGCAUGUUAACUAACCCUUUCAAGGAUCUUAGGGAUUCAGGGCGCACAAUUUCAGGUGCUCUUAUCAAGGACUGAAUUCCUGUCUAGGGGCAAGAGGAUUUAUUUUCCUCUAGCCACAUGUCUUCCAAUUCAAAGACACAAUACCUAUCAAGGGGCAAGAGGAUUUAUUUUCCUCUAGCCAUACGCCUUAAAAUUCAGAGGUAUCCUGAAUCAGAGGCUAUGACCCACUGGACAUGGUGAGCUUGAUUCUCGUAGAAAGACGUCCAAAAUGAAAAUUCUUCAGACGAAGAUGCAAUCAACUCUUUUUCUAAAGCUGCAAAUUAAAUUUCUUAAGGAUCCUUGAAAACAUUGCAUAUGCAUAUCAUAAACAUUGCAUAACAGGUUUCUAUGAACAUGAACAGGAUACUCAUCUUCUUGCUGUUUAUUUCAGCUAAGAAAAUGAAUCAUCUCGAGCAAUCAGUCAAGGACCUACAAGCACAGAACGCUGAAUUCCAAGCCCUGAUCCUGAAUUUGUCCAAGGGGAAGGAAGAGCUGAAGACACUCCUUACUAAGAAGGAGAAGAAGACCAAGAAGACUGUGGGUGUUCUCAAUAUGGGAAGAAGAUUUCAAGGCCCUCUCAGAAAGGUCAAAGAAAUCGAAGAGGAGACUGAACAAGAGGAAGGUGCUAGUGGCAAGACUGAUCAAACGAGCAACAACGGUUCUGGAAAGCAAGACGAGGAAGAGGAGGAUUACUAUGAUGACGAAGAGUAUCCGGAGGAUAAGUACAGACAGUUGGAGGAACGAAUGAAGGCUGUGGAAAUCCAGAAGAUAUCAGGACUAGACUUUGAGGAACUAGGGCUCAUCUCAGGAGUCGUGAUCCCUCCAAAGUUCAAAACUCCGACCUUUGCAAAGUAUGAUGGAGUCUCUUGUCCCAAAUUGCACCUAAAAUCAUAUGUGAGAAAGAUCCAACCUCACACCGCUGACAAAAUGCUGUGGAUCCACUUGUUCCAAGAGAGUUUGUCAGGAACUCAACUCGAAUGGUACUAUCAGCUGGAGGGUACCAAUAUCCGCACUUGGGAGGACUUGGCUGUUGCUUUCUAUACGCAAUACCAAUAUAAUGCUGAUCUCGCACCGACUCGUACACAACUGCAGAGUAUGUCCAUGGGUCCGAGAGAAAGUUUUAAGGAGUAUGCGCAGAAGUGGAGGGAUUUGGCCGGCAGAGUUCAACCUCCUCUGGCUGACAGAGAGCUAGUCGACAUGUUCAUGGGUACUUUGACUGGUCCAUUUUAUAGUUAUUUGCUGGGAAGCUCAUCAGCUGGAUUUACUGACUUGAUAUUAACUGGAGAACGCGUCGAAAGUGGCAUCUGAAACGGAAAGAUUCAAGUGGCUACAACUUCUAAUGUUACAAAGAAGCCAUACAACUGGAAGAAUGAAUCCAACACUGUAGGGGCAGUCUUGGGCUCAGGUCAAGCGCCAACGCAAAAACAAUGCAAUAAUCAACGCAAGCAGAACGCACCCAAAAGACAAUUCACCAAGAUCAACAUGACUUUGGCCGAAGUGUUACCACAGUUGCUGAAGGAAGGGCUGAUUGCAUUGAAGGAUCCUCCUCUGAAGCCUAAUACUUCAUCUCAUCAAUAUAAUCCCAAUGCAAGAUGUGCUUAUCACUCUGACAGCAUUGGACAUGACACAAAUGAUUGUUGGCCAUUGAAGAACAAAAUCCAAGACAUGAUUGAUGCUGGUGAAAUUGAGUUUGAUCCUCCUAAGACUCAUGUUCCCAAUCAUGACAAGACUGCUUGACCUCUAUAAGGAGGACUUUUAGAUCAUCAAUUUUUACUCGCAUUCGCAAUUUCUAUUCUGUUUGUUUAAACAUUUGAAUUAUGCUAGACAUUAUUUAUUUUAAAUAAUCAUCAUCAAUGCUUUGCUUGUGUUUGUCUUGAAUUAUUUCUUCUCUUAUUAAUACAAUAAAACUUUGUUUUACUUUGUUUCCCCUUAUGAUAUUCAAACUCUCGUUAAAAUUGUGAGCCUUUCGAGGGAGGAUGACGAAAACGAUACCGCAACCUCAUACAGUAUGCUUUUGAACAGACUGUGCUGACGAUGUACAGGCAUUGUUUCAAUUCCUAAACAGUGGAGAUAUAAGGAUGAUAAUCCCUCGUCAACCCCUUUGAGCCUAAGAAGUGGAAGUUUUAUUUCUCGUACAGAUUAAAACCUUGAUCAUAACCUGGGGCAGGGUAGUUACUCAGUUAACUCAAUUAUAUUAACUGUUGUUUACAUAAAUAAUGAUGGGUUCCCGCAACCAUUAAGUCAGGCAGUCAAUGUUGUACCCCAAAAUUUGCCCACACAUUUCAAAAAUUCAAAACUAUUUCAAAAAUUGGGUUUUAUAAAAAUCUUGGGUUCAUUUACACUGACAUCCUGAAUUUUAUAAAUAUUCGAUUUAAAGUCUAUUUUAAAAUAUAGUAGUUUACUCUUAAAUUGCUUAUAUUUUAGUAAAUAGAAAAAUACUAGCUGAUGCUUCAUACACUUUCAAUUGGUUUUUUAUUUCAAAUAAUUAACAUAGCACAAUUGGUAAGAAGGAAAGGCUUGCAUAUUAAAGGUCACGGGUAUGAAUCCCGCUGGGUGCAUUUUAUCAGUUUUUUUUAACUAUUUUUAAUCUUUUUUGCACCUAGACGAACCUGGACACAAGUACGUCCAUGUUCUCAAUCUUGGUCAUCAAGAAAGGUCCAUGGGCCUUUGGGUUGAAUCAUUUCCUUUUUAGGAGUGGUUUUAACCUAAUUCUAUUCUAUAAAUAGGGUACUCUCCACCCUCUCUUUUCAUCAACAACUUUUCUAACCCUGACUAACAAUUUUCUAACAACUCUCACAAUUUCAUUCACACAUUUUUCAAAACCCUUUAAACACUUUUACGUUUUUCACUAACAAUUACCAACAAUCAUCCACACUUUUACUGUCACAAACUGUUUCU